AUGCUGGGCCCGGGCGACGCGGCGCCCGGGUGGCUCUUCAGCGCCGAGGGAUUGGCCCGCGCGCGGCAGCAGGCGCACGACCGCGCCGCGGAGACGCUGGGUGCGCUGAGCGGCGCGGCGGGCGGCGAGGAGCAGGCCGCCGCCGCCAGCGGCGGCGCCGCCGGGCGGGAGCUCGCCAGGCCACUGUGCUUGGAGGAGGCCGGGAGCUUGGCCUCAUUCUACGCGCAGAAGUUGCCGGAGCUGUGCGGGCUCUGCGGCGCCUCCGGGGACGUCCGGUGGACGGCCAUGGUGUUCUACAGGCGCUUCUUUGCGGUCUGCUCGCCCAUGGAGCACGACCCGUUGCCCGCUAUGUUCGCGUGCGUGCAUUUGGCCUGCAAGGUGGAGGAGGAACAUCACAUUACUCUGGAGAAGUUGCUGGCUGCUGCGGACCUGGGGUCUGACCGUGCCAUGCAGGGAAAGGUAGUGGACUCGGAGAUCUGUGUGCUCGAAGGCGCGCAGGGAGAAGACGAGAGGCACGAUGAGAUACGGGUGCGACAGAUCACGUGA